AACAAUAGAAUACACAUGCAUUCUUUGUAACUUGUUAAUUUUGGAGGAAGAACCCUACUUUCCUGUAAAGCCAGCCACCGGCCUUCACAGGGUUGAUGUGCACUAUCAGUUUGAACCAUCUUCUUCUAUAGAUGCAUGUAGACUGACAGCCUCUACCAGCAAGAUUUUAAAGUGGACACCAUAGUGCCUUCAAACUCAAUCAGCAUCAUCAUCACCUUGACAUUUGACUUUUGACCUCUGACCGCUCACUCACCCACUCACCAACAUCCACCAUGUCCAAGGUUGACCCAGCAUUCUCUGGGGUAGGCAAGAAAGAAGGGCUCAAGAUCUGGCGGAUUGAGAACCUCAAGGUGGUUGCGAUACCGGACAAGUCUUACGGACAGUUCCACAAGGGAGACUCCUACAUCUGCUUGAAGACCAACAAGAAAGGAAAUGGCUUCAGUUGGAACAUCCAUUUCUGGCUGGGAACGGAAACCUCACAGGAUGAGGCUGGUGUUGCAGCCUACAAGACGGUAGAGCUGGACGACUCUUUGGGAGGCGGCCCAGUGCAGUUCAGGGAAGUGGAGUCCUCAGAAUCGGCAGAGUUCAUGUCGUACUUCCCUAAGGGAAUCAGAUAUCUUGAGGGUGGCAUCAAGUCAGGCUUCAAGAAAGUGGACAAGGACAAGUUCGAGAAGAAGAUGUACAUCGUCAAGGGAAAACGCAACAUCAGGGUCAACCAGGUACCAUGUAAGUGGGAGAGUCUCAACAAUGGGGAUGUUUUCAUCUUUGACCUUGGUCAGCACAUCGUGGUCUGGAACGGUCCACAGUCCAGCAGAACUGAGCGUAUGCAGGGAACGCAAGCUGCUAAGGGUAUCCGUGAUGACGAGAGGGGUGGCAAGGCAAGGAUUCUCUUUGUCGACGAUGACAAGCUUGAUGCCGAGACACUGAAGGUCUGUGAAGCCAAGGUUGCUCUUGGUCCCCGUGGUGGCAUCAAGCCCCAGGCAGCCAAGGACGAUGAUGAGAGGUUCUCUAGGAAGCAGGCGGCACAGACCAGGCUCUACAAGGUUUCUGAUGAGAGUGGUUCUCUUGUAGUAACUGAGAUCUGCAGUGCUCCACUGGACCAGACCAUGCUAAACAGCAACGACUGCUUCAUCGUGGACCAGGGGCAUUGUGGGAUCUUCGUCUGGAAGGGGAAGGGCUCCACCAAACAGGAGAGGAAGAGUGCCUUCAGCAAUGCUCAGGGUUUCAUCAAGGCCAAGCAGUACCCCGAGAACACACCUGUAACAGUCAUCAACGAGAACAGCGAGACUAUAGCAUUCAAGGCUAUCUUCAAGGGAUGGAAGGACCCUGGAGAUACCAAGGGGCUAGGAAAGACUCAUACCACUGGUAACAUAGCUCAUGUAAAGAAGGAGAAGUUUGAUGCUAGCUCUCUUCAUAAGAUCAAGACCUCAGACAUAGACUCCAACCCCAAUAUGGCCUCCCGAACCGGCAUGUAUGACGACGGAUCUGGCAAAAUUGAGGUGUUCAGGAUAGAGAACUUUGAGGCCGUGAAGCAAUCCAACGAACUGCAAGGACAGUUCUUCGGUGGGGACUCCUACAUCGUCAAGUACACCUACAAGCAGGGUGGCAGGGAGAGAUACAUCAUCUACUACUGGCUGGGUCUCACCUCGUCGAAGGAUGAGCAAGGAGCAGCAGCUAUCCUCACGACCAAGAUGGAUGAUAAACUAAACGGAGCAGCCGUACAGAUCCGAGUCGUCCAGGGCAAAGAACCCCAACACUUCCUCCAACUCUUCAAGGGCAAGAUGAUCAUCCACUUGGGAGGUUGUGACAGCGGAUUUAAGCACGUCGACGAAAACGAGGAAGCGGGAAGAUCCAGUGGCUUCAAGAACCAGCAGGCAGAGGACAAGAAGGGUAACAGAGUGAGGAUGUACCAAGUCAAGGGCACAAACGAAUACAACACAAGGGCUGUAGAGGUUGAGGUCUCGGCUAAGUCACUCAACGCCAAUGAUAUCUUUGUCAUUAAGGGACCCAAACAACUCUACAUCUGGGCCGGCAAGGGAGGCAGUGGAGAUGAGAGGGAACUGGGUAAGAAGGUUGCCAAGGUGCUAGAACCCAAAAGUGCGUACACCCUUGUGCCCGAAGAAAAGGAGCCAGCUGAAUUCUGGGAAGCGAUCGGAGGGAAGCAGGAGUAUGCAUCCAGCCCACGUCUUCAGGAAGAGACACCAGCUCACGGUCCUAGGUUGUUCCAAUGUUCCAAUGCUUCAGGUAACUUUAGGGUAGAGGAGAUCAACAAUUACACGCAGCAAGACCUCAUACAAGAUGAUGUCAUGCUCCUAGAUGCUUACAAUGAGCUAUACAUCUGGGUCGGUGCUGGUGCAAAUGCAGAAGAGAAGAAGCAAAUCCUCGGGACAGCGAAGGAGUACCUCAUGACGGAUCCCAGCGGCCGUGAUCCCGAUUCCACACAACUCAUCCAGGUCAAGCAGGGCUUUGAACCAGUGCCCUUCACCGGCUGGUUCAUGGCAUGGGACAACAAAUACUUCCAGAGCAUGCAAACAGAGGAUCAGAUGAGGCAGGAGCUUGCCAAACAGAAUGCAGUCGUCGUCAUCGACUUGAAACAAAUUAAGAAAGCGGCAGAAGAACAAGAAGACAGCUUUGAGAACUGUCCCAAGUUCACCCUCGCUGAACUACAGGCCAAGGAAGUCCCAGAAGGAGUCGUUUCUGGCAAGAAAGAGAAACAUCUGUCAAAGGAAGACUUUCAGAAGCUCUUUGGCAUGCCUUACGAGAAAUACGCAACAAUUCCCAAGUGGAAACAGGACAACUUGAAAAAGAAGGCUGGAGUGUAUUAGUAGGUGUGUCCCUGCAAACAUUCAGUGUAUAUGUAGAUUAUGUUUUUUCUUACACGUAUAGGCAAGAUGAACUCUUUUAAUAUAUAUGAAGUGUGAGUCAAAUCCUUAAACCCAUCUUUCAGUCGAGUAGUGCCUGGAUGAUGAUGCAAUGGGAUUUCAAGGUUAGAGGGUUUGUGUAACACCAUCGGGUUGUAGAAAGAAUGAGGCUUUUGUUGUAUUUGUUGUAUCCUUAUGCCCACCUUUCAGUUGUGCUUUCAGCUACUCAGUGUAGAAAGUAGACAUCUAGCUUAGAAGGUGAUCUUCACAACAUUAGAGAGAUGUUUCAUUUGCUGUAAUUCAUUUCAGGUGCCCAUGUGUGGUACCAAGCAAUUAAUGGACCAGAAAGAAAAAAAAAUGUGUAAUUUGUAAGAAACUGGAGAUUUGUUUAAAGUAAUGACAUGCUGUUGUUUGGGUGAUACAAAUAACCUUGACAAAUGUUAUGUAGCAAACACAAAGUGAACCCAUAAAUUUGUAUAUGUACUGUAUGAGUAAUAUAUAGAUUGGUAAAAAGAAUGUGCAGGAGAGUAGAUCAAUGGUUUUAUGAACAUAUAUCACUGAACCAGAAAAAUAUAUUGUUCAGAUGUUAGGAAAAAAAGAAAUGCUACUUAAAAAGUUGUUCGUCCAGUCUUUCAUAUAAAUGCGUAUUAAUAAACAAAACCACCUAAAAGCUUGAUAGAAGUAGAUAAUUAUGCAUUAGGUUAUAAAAUAUUAGUUAUGUGCUGCAGCAAACCUAUAGUCAUAUAAUGAAGUCAUAUAGUUUGUUUUGAGUUUAAAAACUCUGCUAACAUAGAUGAUAUUAUUUUUAGAUGAUGACAUUAUUUUUUAUUCAGUUGUGUAUCCGACUGUGUGCCUGUGCUGUGUAUAUUUCAGUUUUAUGUUUUUCAUUUUUCGUUUUUCUUUGCUUUAUAUGUUUGUCAGUUUUCUUCAAAUGUAUCAUCAUGGUAAUCAAAUAAAACAGUAUCAAACGAGACAUGAUGAAAGUAAAUAAUGUAAGAUGUAGUAUCUGCUAGGAUAUACAAACGUGCAUCUUAUUUUCAUUCAGGUUCUUAGAAACAAAAUCUGUAUUGGUACAUGUUUUAUAUGUAAACAGGUAAUAAAUGGAAAGAACUUAUAAUGCUAAUUAAAAUAACCUUGUUCACAACUUAAAAAAUAUAGCAACUUAUAUUUAGAGAUAUUCAAUUACAGAUGUUAUAUGGGGUCUUUCAUAUAAAAACUUCAAAUUAAGUGCCAUUUUUUAUCAAAUACAAUAUUGAAUAAUGACAUAAAGUCAUAAAAGUAUACAGAUGAAUUUUAAAAGAGAGAAAUUUAUAUAUAUAUAUAUAUUUACACUGCAUACCUUGGAAAAAUAGUGGCUAUCAAAUUCAUUUACGAAUCAUGAAUAUGAAAAUUCAAUCAUUUAUACAAUCAAUCUUUUGUACUUGUUUGUAAUCUUUCUGUCGACUGAAAUCAAUAUCUCUGUUCCCACUGGUGUUUUAAACUGAUUUCUGUGGUGCGCAACCUCUUUUUCAUUGUGGUCUCAAUAGCAACAGCCUGUUUAAGCAACAGUAUUUGCACCAAUGAGAACAGGACUCUGUAUCUUUACCUGUGUUGUUGUAUCGAUCUCUGAAUUUUUCACCAGUUUCCUCAAACAUGUUGUUUAAUAAAAGAAAGAUGAGGUGCUUCUUGUGAGAAUUUUUUGAUGAAAUCUUGUUGGAGCACACUGAAAUAGCUAUUAUAUACUCAAAAAAAAUACUACUGGGUUCCUUUCAGCAUUAUGGGUGAAUAGAAACAAAACUAGAUAGUUUCUAUCCAGUCCUCUGUGAGAAUGAAGAGGAGUUCUCCAGCUGGACUUGGCUAUUGUCUCAAUCAAAACCGUGCUAUUUUUCUUUUUCAUUUACGAAAACAAAUCUUAUUAACAACCAUGCCAUGUAAUCAGUUAUGAGAGAGGUUAUCUACAAAUUAAGUUUGUACCUCUUUAUUGUAUUAUGUUGGAAUAUGUUAAGGGAAUAGGGGCAAUGAGAAACAAAUGUCUUGGUAUAAUCGUAAAAAAGAGGUGUGCAUAUUGAUUUUGAAUAGACUGUUAUUGCACUUAUAAAUCAUGUUGAUAUAUUGAGUAAAGGUGAAGUAAUGGAGUAAGUAUACACAGAUGCAGAUGGUUACAGUAUAAAAUGCCAGUAACCGAGUAGAUAAAAACCUGUAACAGUUCAACCAUGUUAUCAUUGUUAUGAGGUUUUGUUUAGGUAUUGUUUUUCUUUGUCUGUAUGUCUCUCUCGCAAACUUGUGAAUUGGGAUUCUGUCCUGCUGAUAUUCAUGUAAAUGGAUUUUGAUUGGGGCUAGCUUUAUGGAAGCUGAUAUCAUGAUUAAAUUUCAUUCAAUGAAUAUAUAUUUGUUACCGUCACAAGUGCCAUAGUGGUUUUUUAGGAAUGUAACUAACAUAACGAAAAACAAGGACAAUCGAUGGUUGCACUGUACCAUGUCUUUUGGGGAAGUGGUAAAUAAAAACAACGACAAUCCAUCACCAUGA